AUGAGAGUUAGUGGAGUCUUGGCAGUAUUGGGACUCGUGUCUCCUGUGGUUCUGGGUGAUGUGGUUGCUUCAGAUUCUUCGAAAGCUACUAAAGUUUCCGACUACAGCAGUGUCUUGGAGACUAAUUUCUGUAAGAUGGAUAAAGAUGAGAUGAUUGGACCAAAUUGUGAAGUGACAUUCAAAGAGAUCAAUGACAUUAACCAAAAUAUUAGAAAAAAUGUGAUAGAUUUGGUCAAUACUGAUUUUUUCAAAUAUUUCAAGAUAGAUCUUUAUAAACAGUGCCCAUUUUGGGACGACAACAACGCGUAUUGUGUUAAUAGAGCUUGUGCUGUUGAUAUAGUUGAAGAUUGGGACACUUUGCCAGAGUACUGGCAGCCUGAUGUUUUGGGUAGUUUGAGUAAUGGCACUACCGUGGAGGAUACUGAUGAUGACGAUGAUGAAUUUACAUUUUUAGACCAACUUUGUGCAGGUAACAAUAAACAGAAAUUUAUGGCCGGUGGUGAUGUUAACUAUUGUGACAUGGAAGAUUUCAGUAAAGAAGGUUCUGUUUUAGUAGAUUUAAGCGCUAAUCCUGAAAGAUUCACUGGCUAUGGUGGUGAGCAAUCCGGUCAAAUUUGGUCUAGCAUUUAUCGUGAAAAUUGUUUUACUUUGAAUGAAACUGGCCAGUCUAUAGCUAAAGACGUAUUCUUUAGAUUAGUUUCAGGUUUGCAUGCUUCUAUUGGUACCCAUUUGUCCAAUGAACAUUUGAAUGUCGAGACCGGUAAGUGGGAACCUGAUUUGGACCUGUUUAUGGCUCGAGUAGGUAAUUUCCCAGAAAGAGUCUCAAACAUGUAUUUCAAUUACGCUUUAGUUUCAAAGGCCUUAUGGAAAAUUAAACCUUACCUAAACCACCUAGAAUUCUGCAGUAGUUACGACGAAGAUGUCAAGGAUAAAAUUAUCAACAUUAUUUCCCAAUUAGAUAGCAAAAUUUUUAACGAAGAUUUGGUUUUUGAAGACGAUUUGAGUUCCAAAUUAAAAGAUGACUUUAGAGUGCGUUUCAAAAACGUUACUAAAAUCAUGGACUGUGUUCAUUGUGAUAGAUGCAGAUUGUGGGGUAAAGUUCAAACUACUGGUUAUGCCACUAGUUUGAAAAUUUUAUUUGAGCUUGAUGAAGGUGAUGAACAAACGAAACAACACAUUGUUGAUAAGUUAACUAAAUAUGAACUAAUUGCAUUAUUCAACACUUUAGACAGACUAUCCAAGUCCAUUGAGUCUGUUAACAACUUUGAAAGACUAUAUAACGAAAAAUUAAAAUCAAAGGACACAGGUACUUUAGCUUCAUUUUUCCAAAACAACAACUUUUUCAAAUUAUUAGGUAAAGCCAGUAAAUGCAUAACGGAAUCAGUUCAAGAGGUGAAUAAAAGUUUAAAUAAUAGCAUACAAAAAAGAAAUGAACCAAGUUCUAAGAUUAACAAAAAACAGGAAAAGCAAUUUAGCGACUUGAAAAUGCCUGAAAAGAAACCUCAACAAAAAAGUAACCAACAAGUUGAAAAUGUCUGGAAGAAAGCUUGGAAUAAUGAAAUCCAUAACUUAAAAGAAGCUUUCACAUUCAUUUAUAGAAGCUACUUGGAUUUGCCAAGAAAUAUCUUUAAAUUAACCCUGUCUACAGUUGCUAGAUUAUGGAAUAGAUUUAUUGGUGUUAAGGAUUAUUUAAGAGAAUCUGAUAAGGAUAUCUCCUAUGAGAUAAACCUUCAAUAG